AUGUCGUCAAUUCACUACAAGUUCCGAGCGGAGCUUGAUUACAAAACACUGCAGUUUGAUGGGUUGCAUAUACGUGGAGAACAGCUCGUCCGUGAGAUUUGUGCCAAGGAAAAUCUAAAAUUGGAGCUCUUUGAAUUGCAGCUUCAGAAUGCACACACUAAGAAAAUGUAUACAGAUGAUGAGCUGAUUCCGAGAAACUCGUCUAUAAUAGUUCAAAGAUCACCCAGAAAGGAUGCAGCUAAAAUUCAAAAAGUCCAAGCCGGUGUUAAUUCUGGCAUGGUCAAUCAAGCAGAUGCCUCGUCUUCUUCCCUUGAUCCAAAUAUCCAUAUUGGUUCGGCUGAGUUUGAAAAUAUGGAUGAAGCAGAACGACUCAAUCACAUCAGGGAUCAAUCAACUAGAGCUUAUGAUCCAUCAAACUUCCGACGACGACCACAAGGAAUCAUGACAGGACCACCACCACCAACAUACACAUGCAAUCGCUGCUAUCAGCCGGGACACUGGUACAAAAACUGCCCGAUGCUCAACACGAAGCGGACAACAGGAAUACCAUCGCAAGAGUUAAUGGAAACUACUGCUGAUGAUCCAGCAGCGAUGCUGCAUCCAAGCGGAAAGUAUGUAGUUCCAAUAAUGCAUUGGAAAGCUCGACAGGACACAUUAGCCAAGAAGCUCGAAGACGGAUCUUCGUCCCCAGCUCAGGCCGAUCGUAAAGUACCACCAGAGUUGCUUUGUCCGCUGUGCCAAUCUCUAUUUAAAGAAGCCAUUGUUACUUCAUGUUGCGGUAAUUCGUACUGUGCCGAGUGCAUCGAGCAAAGGAUAAUAGACCCGGAGAACAGAAAAUGUCCAGGAGCUGAUUGUGGUCGUGAUCUGUCUAUUACCAGUAUCAUACCGAAUAAAACUCUCCGAGAUGCAGCUGCUGCAUGGCUCAGUGCCGGUGCUCCCGGUCAACCAACUGCUCAAGGAAUACAAGAGCCAGAACAAAUUAGAAUUCGCAUUGGGCUGAAAGCACCUGCGUCAUCUAAUGCAAUUUCUUCUCAACAAUUGACAUCUGGAAUUUCUCCUGGAAGUGCUUUAGUUUCUCAGCAGCCUGCACCAUCCGUUGCGGUUUCAACAGUUCCUCCGUCACAGACUGCCCUUGCUGUUUCCUGUCUCCCUUCAUCAUCCACCCUCGCUAGCACAGGUAUUGUUCAAGAUGUCAGCCUGCCACCUCCACGUCUUCAUCACGAGCUUCCGCCAGGAAUUCCAGGAGUCACGGGUCUUCCUCACUUCCCUCAAGCCGUUCCCGGUAUUCCGAAUGCGGCUGUCCCACAAACCCAACCAGUUUCUCUCAAUUAUGGCAUUGCUGCUUAUACUGCCGGAUUCCCUCCUGCAGCAUCGUCGGGCCCUCGUGUAUCUACUAUUAGUGACGAAUGGAAUGCCUUCCUUCAAACCAAAGACAGACAUGAUAAGCGUAGAGACAAAGAUAGGCCACGACAUAAAGAUGGACAUGAUUCUAGAAGUCGUAGGAGACGAGAUUCUUCAUCAUCGUCAUCAUCAUCGUCUGCCACAUCGUAUUCAGAUGAAGAGGAGCGUCAACGUCGACGACGUCGAGAAAAGGAGUCAUCGAAGAAGAGAAGAAGCGUAGAAAAAGAGCGCCCGAGACGUGAUGAUCAUAGAAGAGAACGUGAUCGCGAAAGAGAUCGUGAUCGUGAGUAUCGGGAUCAUCGUGAUCAUCGGGAGCAUCGUGAUCACCGUGACGCUAGAAGCAAAGAUUCAAAAGUUUCGGCUUCCUCCUCAUCUCAUCGUAGAGAUCGGGACGAUGAGAAACGAAGAGACAGAAAGAGAGACGAUGGAAGAAAGAAAGAUCGUGAAGAAAAGAUGGAGGAAGACACCAGAGAGCGGGCGAACAAAGAUGUGGAGUCGAAAGAUGAGGAUGAGAUAGAUGGGAUCAUUGCGGAGUACGGUAAUGCGCUUGCACCGGAAACUGUUGGAGAGACUCGUGUCACUGAAGAAAAAGAGAAUUUGAACGAUGAGGAAAUCUCAACACCACACGAAGAGAAUACUCAAUCUCCCGUAUCAAAAGCCGUCGACGAGGAUGAGCCAGCGGCAGACGAAGAACCUGUGGACGAAGAGAACAGUCUUCCUUCUCGUGAAAAAUCAUUGGAUUCUGUGAAUCAAGCAAUGGAAACUAGUGAAGCUGAAGUAGCUGAAACUAAGGAGGAGAAAAUGCCUCUUGAAGAAGAAGAGGAUGAUGAAGAAAUGGAGGCCGACGUCGAAAUGAAAGAAAAUCAAGAGAAAGAGGACGAAGAGACCGACCGAAAAGCGAAAGAAUCUCAAUCUUCGACAAUGAAUACAGCAGAUGAGGAUGAUGAAGGAGGGAAGAAAUCCAGAAAACAUAAGAAAAGUAAGAAGAGCAAAAAGCACCACCGUAAGGAAGAUGAUGGGGAUGAUGAGGAUGAAGAAAGAAGAAGAAAGAAGCAUAAGAAGCACAAGAAGGAGAAAAAAACGAAGAAAGAUAGAAGAGAUGCUGAUUCUGAUCAAGAAGAUGAUAGAAAGCACAGAAAGAAGGAGAGAGAUUCUGACAAAAAGUAUGAUGAUGAGGAUGACUCUGAUAGGAAGGAACGAAAGAAAGAAAAGAACCGUACCGAAAGCUACAGCACAACUGAUCGUAGUGAGAGAAACAAAGAGAAAGAGAAAAAGGAGGAUGAUGUAGAUGAUCGUAAGGAGAAAAAGAAGGAGAGUGACAGACGUCAGGAUGAGGAUGACAAAAAAAAAGAGCGGAAGCGCGAUCGUGAACAUGAGGAGUAUGACAGUGAUGCUCCGAAAAUCAAAGUGAAACGUGACGAAAAGAUCAAAGAUGAUCGGAAAGAGUCUGAUCGAGAGAAAGAUCGGAAGAAGGAAGAUGAGAAGGAGAAGAGGAAGGAAAGGGACGAGCGUGAUAAGAAGCGGGAAAAAGAAAAAGAGAAAGAAAGAGAGAAAGAACGUGCGAAGGAAAAAGAAAAGGAGAAGGAACGGGAGCGGGAGAAAGAGAAAGAACGCCUGAAGGAAAAGGAAAAGGAGGCUGAAAAGGAGAGACAAAAAGAGAAAGAACGCGAGAAGAACAAAGAGAAAGAACGAAAAGAAAAGGCCAAGGAAUUAGUGCCAGAGAAGCCAAGGCGUUCCGUUCACGAAAGACUUCAACGAGCCGAUACCGUGAAAGUUUCCUCGUCCUCCUUAUCGAAAACCGUACCUACUCUGGCUCGGAAACCCGUUUCGUUCACUGUCACUUCGAGCAAAGCUGCAUCGAACAUCAGAGUUCGUCAGUACUCCUCGUCCUCGUCGACGAAGGAACAAGAAGAGGAAGAUCGUUCCAAGCAAGAUCGUCGUAAGAAAGACGAAACUGAUGUGGAAAGCAUUGGAGAUAAGGACAAGAAGCAGAAGUCGUCUCGUCAACUAUCAGCAAGUGGGCCAACAGUCAGCAUGCACAAGAAUACCAAAAUCAAGUUCGAUCUUUAA